ACAGUGUUUUUUAGCGGUUUAUGAGUAACAAAGAGUCGCUCUUACAAAUUUGUAAAGGUUUAUAUAAAGUAAACAAUUAUUUAUGAAUAUAUCUCAUUUAGUGGCUGUUUCUAGACAUAGUGAAGGAAAUCGGACGAUGAUGGAGGAUAAUGACGACGGCACUGAACAUCCCAACCCUUGGGAGCCCAAUGAAAAUACUGGUUUAUUGAAUGAUAACAAUCAGACCUAUUUUGCCGAUGAUAGAAUUGUAGUUCCGGAUGAUGAUAAUACCAAAUUCAGCUUUAAAAAAUUAUGGGCAUUCACAGGACCGGGUUUCUUGAUGUCUAUAGCUUUUCUGGACCCAGGAAAUAUAGAGAGCGAUUUGGAAUGCGGGUCUAUAGUGGGCUACAAACUAUUGUGGAUUUUACUUUGGUCUACAGUCCUAGGCUUACUAAUCCAAAGGCUAUCUGCUAGACUGGGCGUUGUAACAGGUUUACAUCUGGCUGAAAUGUGCUAUAAAAAAUACAAAAAGGUGCCCAGGCUUAUUAUAUGGCUUAUGAUAGAAAUUGCUAUUAUUGGUUCUGAUAUGCAAGAGGUUAUAGGAACAGCAGUUGCUAUUUAUCUGUUGUCUAAUAGAUAUAUUCCUAUAUAUGGUGGCGUUAUUAUAACAAUAAUAGACACUUUCACAUUUCUAUUUCUGGAAAACUACAGUCUAAGAAAAUUGGAAGUAUUCUUUGGAUUUCUCAUAACUGUUAUGGCUAUAUCUUUUGGAUAUGAAUACGUAGCGUCAAAGCCGGACGAAAUAUCUAUUAUACAGGGUGUUGUGGUGCCUUGGUGCAAAAAUUGCGACAAUAGAGCUUUACUACAAGCGGUAGGAAUUAUAGGGGCCAUUAUAAUGCCGCAUAAUUUGUUUUUACACUCAGCCCUAGUAAAAUCAAGAGAGAUUGACAGAACAAAGCCGAAAAAAGUCAGUGAAGCCAACUUUUAUUAUUUCAUUGAAUGCGGUAUAGCUGUAUUUAUAAGUUUUAUAAUAAACUUGUUUGUAAUAUCUGUAUUUGCCAAAGGAAUGUACCAAAAAACAAAUAGGGAAGUUCACGAUUUGUGUCUCAAAUAUCCAUCCAUUAAUGCUUCUAUAUUUCCUGUGAAUGAUGAAUACGUUGAAGCUGACUUAUACAAAGGGGGAAUUUUUUUGGGGUGCACGUACGGCUUGGCAGCAAUGUACAUAUGGGCCGUAGGGAUUCUGGCCGCGGGUCAGAGCUCUACAAUGACAGGUACUUACGCCGGUCAAUUCUCAAUGGAGGGCUUCCUAAACCUCCAAUGGCCAAGAUGGCGCCGAGUUUUACUAACUAGAUCCAUAGCAAUAGUGCCAACUUUCAUAAUAGCAUUUUACAGAAAUUUGGACGAUUUGACUAGCAUGAACGAUAUUUUAAACGCUGUAAUGAGUUUGCAGCUGCCAUUUGCAGCCAUACCGUGCAUUGCUUUCACCAGUGACCCGACAAUAAUGGGGGAAUUCGUUAAUGGAAUAUUCAAUAAAUUCAUAAACAUAGUGAUGAGCCUAUUUGUCAUAGUAAUAAACACAUACUUCGUCGUAACCCUAUUACUUGGCAUCGAAUUAACUUGGUACUACAUACUUUUGGCGGUAAUUUUUGCCGUUUUCUAUCUUUUAUUUUGUUUGUAUUUGAUUUUGCACCUAAUUGCCUCUAUGGGUUUGAGUUUAAGAACAAAAGGUUUUAUUAAAAAAUAUGUAAUGUGUUAUGAGGAACCUAAAACAAACGAGGAAGGGACGUCUAGUUAUGGUUCAAUGCAAGUUAAUGCUUAAAUAUAUUUUUUGUACAUAAAACAAUAUAUGUUUACUAUUUUUAU